AUGUUAAAUAAUAACGAAGAUAUUGGUAUUACUAAACAGCCUGAAUAAUAAAAAAAUAUUAUUUAUAUAGAGAAUUUGGAUAAAGUAAUUAUUUUAAUUUAAUUAGGUAAUUACAGAGGAUUUUUUAUUUCACUAAUUCAAGCAAUUUGGAGACAUUAGUAUAAUUAAAUUGAGGAGGGAUAAAUAUAAAAAUAUUUCAUCUGGAUAAGCCGUGAUCACAUUCUCAGAUGCAGAAUCAGCUGAAAAAGCAAGAUUAACUUUAGACAAUUAAAAACUAAUUAAUAACAUUAUCAAAGUUAAACCUUAUAUUAACUUUAAUGAGGCUGAAAAAAAUGCUAAUAUUUAUAUGAAGAAUCUUCCUAAGUAUGUUAAAGUUGAGGAACUUGAAUAAGAAUUUUAGAAAUAUGGUAAUAUACUAUCAAUUGAUGUUCGCAAGGAUGCAAAAGGAAAUUGUUUAAAGUAUAACCACUAUAUGUAUUCUAUAGUUAUGGAUAUAUUUAAUUUUAAAAGAAAGAUGAUGCUUAAUUAUUUUUGGAAUAAAUGUAGAAGAAUUCAUUUAAUUAUUAAGGAAAUUAAAUACAUUUUGAAUUAUUUAAGUCAUCAUCAGAGAGAAUUAAAGAAUUAAAUGAAUUAUUUUUGAGAGGAUUUUCACAUCCUCUUCCUGACAAUGCUAUUUAAGAUAAUAAAAUUAUUGUUGCAAUUGAAUUUGGUUGGUAAAUGGUUAUAAAAGAUUAUUUUAUAAAUUAAUAAGAUAAUUAAAUCUAAGAUUGUUUUGUAAAAAUUGAUAAGAAUACAAGAUAACCUUGGGCAAUUAUACAGUUUGAAUUUUCUGAUUAAGCCAAAUUUCAUUUUAAUAUAUGCGAGAAUUAAAGAAGUCAUCCAUGUGUAUAAUCAAAUAUUUUUUAUGUAAUUGAAUUAAUACAAAAAUGUGAUAUUGCUUAAUCUAAUUUUUCUGAUAUGAAACUUACUAUAUAAGAAAUAGUCUCUAUCUAUUAAAGUCUUGCUAAUAAUAAAUUUGAUAUAUUCAGUGGAGUUAGUGAUAACUUUUUUUUUAAUUUGAAACAAAAUUAAUAAUAAAGUAUAGAUUAAAGAUAACUCUAUUUUUAAAAUAUCAAUAACUAUGUAAAUGGUUAUGAUAUUCAAUCAUUUUUAUCAUAAUUUGGAAAUGUAAUAUCUGUAACUAUGAAAUAAAGCACAAAACCAUAUUAAUAACUUUAAGAUUGUAUUGUUUUAUAUUAAACAUUUAAUGAUGCUAAACGUGCAUUAUCAUAAAUAUAUGAUAGAAAAUAUUCUUAAAAUGUAAAUCAUAUAUUUAAAAAUGGAAUAAUUAAAAUAAGUAUAUAUUUAGGUAAGAAUUUAAGAUAAGAAUUUAAUUAAGUUAAAAAAUAACGAUAAAGAUUAGUUUAUAAGUCUAUGAUUAAUUAAUAACCUAACAUACUAUUAUUUUAACCACAAUAACCUUUAAUAUAAAAGGAAUAUAAUAUUAAAUAACCAAUAAACAAUACAUAAAUGUUAAUAUCAAAAUAUUCAACUAUUCAAAUAAUAAAGGCUUAGAUGGAUAAUUUCUUAGAAUUAUCCGAUUCUGAUUAAAGAAAUAUACUAGGUGCCUUAUUAUUUUAUCAAGUAGUUAAAGUGGUUAAAAACUAAAAUAUUGCAAGAUAGAUAGUAGGUAUAUAUCUUAUUUUAUUAAAUUAGGAAUGCUUAUUGAACCUUCUUAAUUUCCAAUUUCAGAUAUUAUAGAACUUUUUGAUAAUGAUGCAGACUUAUAAGAGUAUAUUUAAGAGGGAUUAGAACUGAUAAAGGAUAAUCAAAAAAGAUAUAAUUGA